AUGGACAGGAUCAACCGCCUGCGUAGCACAGGCAACUUGCAGCACUUUGAACCCAUUAUCACGACAACAAAAGCAUCCACCACCACCACUAAAACCGGUACUACCACUACAGCCCCGACGGUUUCCAACAGUGGCAAUCCGUUCAGCGGCUAUCAGCUCUAUGCCAACCCUUACUACUCCUCCGAGGUCUUCACAGAUGCAAUUCCGUCCCUGACCAGCUCUCUCGUCGCAAAGGCCAGCGCGGUGGCUAAAGUUCCAUCUUUCGUUUGGCUCGACCAGGCUGCCAAGGUUCCCACUAUGGGUACCUAUCUUGCCGACAUCAAGUCACAGAAUGCGGCCGGUGCUAGCCCGCCAAUUGCAGGAAUUUUUGUGGUCUAUGACUUGCCAGAUCGCGACUGCGCUGCCCUUGCGAGUAAUGGCGAAUACUCAAUUGCUGACAACGGAGUAGCCAACUACAAAGCGUACAUUGAUGCAAUUAGGGCCCAGCUUGUCACAUAUUCAACUGUGCAGACUAUUCUGGUUAUUGAGCCCGAUAGUCUCGCCAAUCUCGUCACCAAUCUCAAUGUGGCUAAAUGCGCCAAUGCUGAGAGCGCUUAUCUGGAAUGCAUUAACUAUGCCCUGAUCCAGCUGAAUUUGCCCAACGUGGCCAUGUACAUUGAUGCUGGACAUGCCGGCUGGCUGGGCUGGUCAGCUAAUCUCCAACCGGCGGCUACGCUCUUUGCCAACGUAUACAAGAACGCUUCGUCUCCCGCUGCUGUGCGUGGGUUGGCCACUAAUGUUGCUAACUAUAACGCCUGGACAAUUGGCACCUGCCCAUCAUACACAUCAGGCGACUCCAACUGCGAUGAACAGCUCUACGUCAAUGCCCUUGCUCCGCUGCUGGCGUCCGCAGGGUUCAAUGCUCAUUUCAUCACCGAUACUUCACGGAAUGGUGUACAGCCCACUAAGCAAAAUGCCUGGGGCGAUUGGUGCAAUGUCAUUGGUACCGGCUUCGGUGUUCGCCCCACGACGAACACUGGCGAUCCUCUUGAGGAUGCAUUCGUUUGGGUGAAGCCCGGCGGAGAAUGUGAUGGUACUUCGAAUACCACAUCGCCACGAUAUGAUGCCCACUGCGGAUACAGUGAUGCCUUGCAGCCUGCCCCAGAGGCCGGGACAUGGUUCCAGGCAUAUUUCGAGCAAUUGCUUGUGAAUGCCAACCCGUCUUUUUGA